UUCAUUAUUUUCUCCUCCUCUUUUUUUUGGUGUAAUUUGCAGCAGCAGCAGCAGCCAUGGCGACUGGUCUGUUCCGCAGAGGACUUUCAAGGGUAUCAGCUCCAGCCUCAAAGUUACUACGGGCUCGAGCUCACGCCUCCGAAGCUGAAGCCCAGCAGGUCAAAGCCAAGGCACAAGACACCUCCUUGCUCAAGACCUUCUCCAUCUACCGAUGGAACCCUGACAACCCUUCCAAGCCUCAACUCCAAGACUUCCAGAUUGAUCUCAAGGACUGCGGUCCCAUGGUCCUCGACGCUCUCAUCAAGAUCAAGAACGAAAUCGAUCCGUCACUGACUUUCCGCCGGUCUUGCCGUGAAGGUAUAUGUGGGUCCUGCGCCAUGAACAUAGACGGAUGCAAUGGCCUCGCCUGCCUCACCAAGAUCCCCACUGGGUCUGCUGCCAGCACCGUUACCCCGCUGCCUCACAUGUUCGUCAUUAAGGAUCUAGUCGUCGAUAUGACUAACUUCUACAAUCAGUAUAAGAGCAUCGAGCCCUGGUUGAAGAGGAAAAACCCACCGCCCGUGGCGGGGAAAGAGAUUCCGCAGAGCAAGAAGGAUCGGGCGAAGCUUGAUGGGAUGUACGAGUGUAUAUUGUGCGCCUGUUGCAGUACGUCCUGCCCGAGUUAUUGGUGGAAUCCUGAGUCCUAUCUUGGUCCCGCCGCUCUUCUCCACGCGCACAGGUGGAUACAAGAUAGCCGGGAUGAAUACACAAAAGAGCGUUUGGAUGCGAUAUGUGAUGAGUUCAAGCUGUAUCGCUGCCACACAAUUAUGAACUGCUCGCGUGCCUGCCCCAAGGGAUUGAAUCCUGGCAAGGAGAUUAUUAGUAUAAAGCAGCUCCAGCUCUCCACUGGGGGGAUUUAGGUUUUCCAAGACAAAUUUGUGGAAAGUAAUGUCUGAGCAGGGGUGAUUGAUUUUUCAGCGUUCAUGAGGCUGGAAAUACUACAUGGAGUUAAUAAACACUUUCUUUUUGCCCAAUUUAUCAUAAUAUUGUAAUUUUGAUAUGGGCUGGAUUCUUCACCUCUUUGUUUGCAAAAAUAAGUGUUCAUAGACUCGGGUCAUUUUAAUAUGAUUAUGUACUAAUGUAAAGUUUUUU